AUGGAGCUGUUUUCCAGCCAGUACCGACCGAGCGACGCGAUCUCUACCUCCGCAGUCUUCCACCCUCAACUUAUCACAUCAAGAUCAACAACGAUUCGCAGUUUUCCGAUCGCAUCGACAAAAUCCGGCAUAAUCAAUACGAGCAAGCUUUCGGUAUUUAUCAGCUCCCCUGAUAUCGAGGUCCCCGAAGUCCACAACCGGAAGCGUGUUCUGAACGAUAGCCUGAAACGGGCGCGAAAGCGCCUCAAGGGCCAUGGGUCAUUCGAUUUGGAAUUCUGGACAGCUGCCGAAGAGAUUGAUAGAUUGACGCUUGGAAAAACAAAAAUACACCGAAAAAUCUCCCUACAAGGAUACAAUGGCCCCGAGGAUGAAUGGAAGGCCUCCGAUGAGGGAAAAAGCAUUAUAUCGAUGAUCAAAGGACGAGAGAAGAAAAGGGAUAUCUGCAGACAACGAGUGAAGCAGCUCACUAUUAGCGGCCACGGAAACCGAAUCAGAGCAGAUAUCCUUCAUGAAACUCUUUACAACGACGAGACAAAGAUACCUGAACUCUUCUCGCCGCGGAACGGGCUAUUGAUAUCCACAAGCAUUGACCGCUAUAUGGAUACCGGAAAGAUCGUCAUUGUUCCCGAUCUGCCUGAGCAAUCAAACGCCCUAGAGGCCAUAAAGUGGUUGACCAGUCAGAGUCGAAGCCCUUGUCCGCUGAAGGAGGAAGAAGAAGAGGAAAAUGAAGAUACUGAGUAUGUGCUCGGCUUCAGUCUUGGGUAG